AUGCGGGGACAUAGGCCUUUCAUCGACUACCGAAACUUGAAAGCUGGUGACAAAUUGUCCGAAAAGAUUGAUACCGCCGUUCGAGAUUGUAAAGUCGGUGUCGUAGUGUUCUCGCCAAGAUAUUGCGAGUCCUACUAUUGUCUCCAUGAAUUGGCUCUGCUAAUGGCGUACAAGAAAAGAGUUAUACCCAUCUUUUAUAAUGUCAAACCGUCCCAGCUUCGGGUUGGAGACAACGUAUCCAAUGGACCUUGUGUUUCAGAGAAAGAGCUUGAGAGAUUCAGCAGAGCAGUUGAAGAAGCUAAAAAUAUUGUUGGACUUAGCUUUGAUUCAUCAAGAGGAUAUUGGUCAGAGUUCCUAAAAAGUGCUUCUGAUGCCAUCAUAGAGCAGCUCGGCCAGAGCUAA